AUGGAAGAACAUACUCAUUUGAAGAUGUCGUCAUGGGUUCGAAACGAUUACACACCUCCUCUUCCUCCUUCCUCAAUCUCUUCUCCAUAUACUACUAAUACUGCAUCUUUCCAUAAAGAUUCAAAUCCUUCAUCUUCUGGUUCUAGAAUUAGCCCUGCUAUUCUUUUCGUUAUAGUGAUACUUGCUGUACUAUUUUUCAUCUCUGGUUUGCUCCAUUUGCUUGUUAGAUUCCUUAUAAAACACCCAACUUCUUCAGCUUCCUCUCAAUCUAAUAGAAACCCUGAAAUAUCUGGCUCAGAUGCUCUUCAAAGACAGUUGCAGCAGCUGUUUCAUCUCCAUGAUUCUGGUCUGGAUCAAGGUUUUAUAGAUGCUCUUCCUGUUUUUCAGUACAAAGAGAUAGUGGGUCUAAAAGAGCCAUUUGAUUGUGCUGUUUGUCUAUGUGAAUUUUCAGAGAAAGACAAGCUGAGAUUGCUUCCUAUGUGCAGCCAUGCUUUCCACAUCAACUGUAUUGACACUUGGCUGCUGUCCAACUCGACUUGUCCUCUUUGCAGGGGAACCCUUUUCUCUCCGGCUGGGUUUUCAAUGGAAAACCCUAUGUUUGAUUUUGAUGACUUUAGAGAGGAUGACGUGUGUCCUGGUAAUGGAGAUAAUAGGUACAUUCCUAGUCAAAAGAGCGGGGUUUUACCUGUGAGACUCGGUAAAUUCAGGAAGCUAAAUGGUGUGGCAGAGGAGGCAGGUGGAGAAACUAGUAGCAGUAAUUUAGAUGCCAGAAGAUGUUUUUCAAUGGGUUCGUAUCAGUAUGUGGUUGUUGAUACAGAUCUUAGGGUUGCCUUAAGCAAUGAGCGGCAGAGUUGCGAUACCAAGCCUGCCAGAGGGACAGAACAGAAUGUUGAUAGAGAUUUGGAGGAAAACAAGAUUAGUAGCUUGACCAAGGGUGAGAGCUUCUCUGUAUCCAAAAUUUGGCUUUGGCGUAAGAAGGGAAAAUUUUCUAGCUCGUCAGAUGCACCGAUGGGCAUGCCUUCUUUGCUUAAUGUGGAUUUGCCAUGGAUGAAUGGAACACUGGAAAAAUAG